AUGCAUUCCUCAGGCAAAUCCAAGCAGUUCGCGGCGAUGAUCAUGACUGUUGUCGCGAUCCUCUCGUUUGUCGUUCCCGCCAAUGCGUUCUUCCGUCACCUCUGCUUUGGCGAAUUGGGAAAUGGUCGCAUCGAUCCGAUCAUGUCCCCAGGUCGUCCUUCCCAGCAUCUUCAUGUCACUUUCGGCGCGUCUAACCUUGGAUUCGACCCUACCAUCGACGAGCUUCUGGCUUCCAACUGCACCAGUUGUUCCAUCGUCGAAGACCAUUCUGCAUACUGGACCCCCCGCAUGUACUUUCAGCACUCUAACGGCACUCUUGAGAUGGUCCCGACUUCUGGCGGACUGACUGUCUACUACUUCACUGAAGGUCCAGGUGCCGGCUUCGGCGCAGAGGUCACUGCAUUCCCCCAGAACUUUCGCAUGGUCGCUGGCAUGUCUCCAAAGCGUACCUUUUACGGACCAAUCCCAGAUCGUAACACGUCUUCCUGGCUCCCCUCAGACUAUACCCAACAAUCAUUGAUGGAAAAGGCUCUCGGAUUCAACUGUCUACACUAUGGUCAUCCUCCAAACGAAGGCGCAUUGGAAGUCCAUUACUUACGAAACAAGACCUUCCUCGACGAGUUUUGCCACGAGGGCAUUCGUGCUGAAGUGAUGUUCCCAUCUUGCUGGAAUGGUAAAGAUUUGGACAGUGAGAACCACACCACACAUGUCGCAUACCCUUCUACAGUCAAAUACGGAGCGUGCCCAGACGGCUACCCUGUUCGCCUUCCUGUCCUUUUUUAUGAGACAAUCUACCAGACCAAUCUGUUCAAAGGUGUUGAUGGACGGUUCGUUUUCUCCAAUGGCGACCCGACAGGAUUCGGUUAUCAUGGAGAUUUCAUCUGCGGAUGGGAAACCGGUCUUCUUCAAGAAGCAAUUAACCAUGCGGCAUGCACCAAUCCUAACAGCAGCGGCCUUCAAGAAGAUUGUCCACUUUUCACCAUACAAAACCAAGCUAAUGCUACACAAUGCAAACUUGAGAUGCCAGAAGCACUGCAACAUGAGCGCAUCAACUACGUCCAAGAACUACCUGGUGGCAUGAAAAUCACUGGACCAGAUGAGGCUGUAGUUCCCGGCUCUGCACUGCCGCCUGCACCACCGACUGCCAACGCCACUGUCUCUUCAACCUCUGCGGAACCUUUGCCAGGACCAAUCGCGCCUACCACCCAAUCUUCUGACAGUGCCGUCACUUCAAUGGCAAGUCCCAUAGUGGAAGCUCACACCACCAUCACCACCACCUACAUGAGUGGUGGUGUCGAAGUCCACAUGGUGAUGGUUGAAGAGGUUGUCACUGUUACUGUGACUGAGGCUGCAAGCCCUCCUGGCCGAUACAGUAGGAGGCAACAUGUUCACAAGCACCGCGUGAACAUGAAAAAUGGACACGGCAUGCACUGA